CUUGGUCAGGAGUUUUCACAAGAGGAGGCACUCGUUCUUUAUUCCUGGUCCAGGUAUAAAUGCAGGGGUUAAUCCAGGCAGGAUGAUGGUUCGUCAGUUGGAAAGAGCUUGAACAAACCAAACAAGCCAUCAUGACUAUGGGCAAGGUUAUCUUCUACGAAGACAGGAACUUCAUGGGGCGCUCCUAUGAGUGCACCAGUGAUUGUUCCAAUUUGUACUCUUACAUGAGCCGCUGCCACUCCUGCAGGGUGGAGAGCGGCUGCUGGAUGGUCUACGACCACCCCAACUUCAUGGGAAACCAGUAUUUCCUGAGGAGGGGCGAGUACGCUGACUACAUGAGCAUGUGGGGCUGGGGCAACAACUACAUCAGGUCCUGCCGCAUGAUCCCCAUGUACAGAGGAUCCUACAGAAUGAGGAUCUAUGAGAGGGACAACUUCAUGGGUCAGAUGAUGGAGGUGACGGAUGACUGCGAUUCCUUCAUGGAUCGCUACCACUGGUCCAAUGGCUGCAUGUCCUGCCAUGUGAUGGAUGGCCACUGGCUCAUGUAUGAGUAUCCCCACUACAGAGGCAGGAUGUGGUACUUCAGGCCUGGAGAGUACAGAAACUUCAGGGACUACGGUGGCAUGAGGUUCAUGAGCAUGAGGCGCAUCAUGGACUCCUGGUAUUGA